GUGUAAAACAGCACACAUAUGACGUUACUGUUGGUUAAAACAGACACUUUGUUCGUGUUGAGGAGCUGCUGAGUUGAGAAAUGAAAAAUCUUUUAGCCUGCGGUUAUUCCGCGUUUCUCUGACAAACACCUCCCACCUUCCACGAGUCUUCUUCCAAAACCGGAGCAGGCACCUCAGGGAGCGAAAAAAAACUUAACGAUCGUCUGCAUAUGAAUUGAAUUUAGUUUUUCAUGUUUGGUUCGCUGGAGUCAUGGGAGAAAUUACUCAGCAAAAGAAGCUUUCAGAACAAAUCAAUCAGAUCAUGCAAGAGUCGAGAUCUGCCAGGAACAAGCUGUCAGAAAACCACAGCAACCUCUUCAAAGUGGCGGACUACUGCGAAAAUAACUAUCUCCAGGCAGAAGAUCCAGCCAAGGCUGUAGAAGAAUCCAAGGCUUUGGCCAUCCAGGCUUUGGCCAGUGUGACCUACCAGGUCAACGCCGUAGCCUGCACCGUGAUCAGGCUGCUGGACUCUCAGGCCCUGCAGAUCAAAGACAUGGAGUCCUCCAUCAACCUGCUAGCACUGGCUGCAGCUAUCCACCAUGAGAAUGUAGCCAGGAGAGAGAUUGGUGUUUUUACUUCUCCAAAGAACAAGAACCGCGCCAAACCCAUGACCCCGCCAAAAUCAGGCAAAGAGCCAGAAAGAAGCUACACAAGAGUGCCAAUAUCGUUCUCCAUCCUGGACUCCGUCGGACACUGUUUUCAGGUCCCUGAUCAACAGUCCCAAAAGAAAGCUGAGACCACUGAGAGCAUAGAGAGUAACAGAGGCCCUGUUACGUCCAGCUUUGGCAUUGCUGUACCUCCACCAUCAGUCCCCACCAUUCCCAAGGUCUCCAACACCACCAAUGACUUGCCUCCUGAUCCUCAUCAGUCAGAUGGGUUCAACCCCAGUAUGUCCACACCUCCACCACCACCACCAACCUCAUCCACAUCACUCCCGCCUCUACCUCCACCUAUGCCAGGAGCCAUCCCACCUCCACCUCCACUGAUGGCAGGAGGUUCCUCUCCUCUUCCUCCUCCUCCACCGGUGUCAGGAGGUUCCUUGCCUACACCCCCUCCUCCACCACCUCCACCGGUGUUAGGAGGUUCCUCGCCCCUACCUCCUCCACCUCCACCUGUGUCAGGAGGUUCCUUGCCCCUACCUCCUCCUCCACCACCUCCACCAGUGUCAGGAACCGCUCUACCUCCUCCUCCACCACCUCCACCGGUGUCAGGAGGUUCCUUGCCCCUACCUCCUCCUCCACCACCUCCACCAGUGUCAGGAACCGCUCUACCUCCUCCUCCACCACCUCCACCGGUGUCAGGAACCGCUCCACCACCUCCUCCACCACCCCCUCCCUUAUUUUAAGUGGCAAUAUAUCAUCAAUACACUGGAUCAAUAUCCGUUCAGAUGCUAAUGUCACAUGUUGGUUAUGUUCCCGAUUCCUCAUCAGUCUUUCAUAAUUGUUAAAUUAAAACAAACGGCUGUGAUUGAUACUCUGUAUCACC